CCCUCCUAGCCUCCCUUUGCAGGCAGGGCACAAAAGCCCCUUUCUCAGGUGUGACCACCUCCUGAACCAGAUGCCUUUUUCUCUGGAAGUGCUCAUUGAACACUGGUGGUGAUCAAAGCCUGGCUCAUUCCCAAAUGUCACUUGCAAAAAAUCACAAGGGCUUCUCCAUCUUGCAUCUGGAUCCAGAGUGACCCCACCUGUAACAUAGCCAGCUCUGGGAGCUCUGCUGUGAUUUAGAGCAGGGGCAGUCCUGUCAGCAUGGCAGCUGUGUCAGGGGGUCUCUCUCUCUCCUGUAGCUUCAGUGAAGUGAAAGAUGAUGUGCAGCGUUACCUGUCCCAGGUGGAGCACAGCAAGCUUCUAGAGAAAAAUGAUAAAAAAGAGCUCUACUUGCUGUUUGUCAACUGCUUGGAGGAUUCCAUGUGUGAGAAGUUAGAGGACAGCGUGGGAUGUGGGCAUGGAAACAGUCUGCCUGAGGACAGAGGCUUUCCAGAGAACUACCUGCCAGCCAGCAGCAGCGGGGCUCCCCAGGAAGCCUCUGUGGAAUACCUGCAGGCUGUGGCCGAGGUGCGCCUGUGCCUGAGCAGGGCUGCAGAGCUCAUCUUUGACCUGCAGCAGCACAAGGAGCCAGAGCAGAUGAAGGAGAAGCACCGUUACCUAAAGAACGUGGAGAAGUUCUGCAGCCUUGCCAGGAAUGACUGGCACUGUGUGUACCUGGUCAGGAGGAUUGCCAGCCAGCACGGGAUGGAAUUUGCUCAGAAGUUGGUCACAGAGCCACAGUUCAGCUGGGUGUUCCCAGCAGAAAUUCUGCAGCAGGUAGACAAGAGGCAUCUCCUGGUGAUGGUUCUGGUUCUUUGCCUUCACUUUGUGCUGCUUCGGGGUUUUCCUACUGUUGUGUGUCCCUUGGCAUUGGGCCAGAGUGGCAGUGGUUGGGAGGUGGCUUGUCCUGGCUGUCGGGUGAAUGGAGUCUCUCCUGGCAGCACCAUGUCUGCUGCUGAUGCUCUGGGGAGCCUGAAAUGCCCCAGUGCUUGGGAGGAAGAGGAGAUUAUGCCACCUCCAGCUGG